GCCCACGCCGCUCCGCCCGCCGGCCGCCAGGGAUCGCUGUGACGUGGCUCGGGCCCAGCACGCGGCCGCUCUGGCCCGGGGAAGUCCCUGUCCUUACCUUCAGCAGGAGCCGGUUCCCUCUCUGUGUGUCCGCUCGCCCUCUGCUCCGUCCUGCCGCUGCCCACUGCCCUCCUACGGUCCACCAUGGCCCUGCUGCACUCCGGCCGCGUCCUCCCCGGGAUCGCCGCCGCCUUCCACCCGGGCCUCGCCGCCGCGGCCUCUGCCAGAGCCAGCUCCUGGUGGACCCAUGUGGAAAUGGGACCUCCAGAUCCCAUUCUGGGAGUCACUGAAGCCUUUAAGAGGGACACCAAUAGCAAAAAGAUGAAUCUGGGAGUUGGUGCCUACCGGGAUGAUAACGGAAAGCCUUACGUGCUGCCUAGCGUCCGCAAGGCAGAGGCCCAGAUUGCCGCAAAAAAUUUGGACAAGGAAUACCUGCCCAUUGGGGGACUGGCUGAAUUUUGCAAGGCAUCUGCAGAACUAGCCCUGGGUGAGAACAGCGAAGUCUUGAAGAGUGGCCGGUUUGUCACUGUGCAGACCAUUUCUGGAACUGGAGCCUUAAGGAUCGGAGCCAGUUUUCUGCAAAGAUUUUUUAAGUUCAGCCGAGAUGUCUUUCUGCCCAAACCAACCUGGGGAAACCACACACCCAUCUUCAGGGAUGCUGGCAUGCAGCUACAAGGUUAUCGGUAUUAUGACCCCAAGACUUGCGGUUUUGACUUCACAGGCGCUGUGGAGGAUAUUUCAAAAAUACCAGAGCAGAGUGUUCUUCUUCUGCAUGCCUGCGCCCACAAUCCCACAGGAGUGGACCCGCGUCCGGAACAGUGGAAGGAAAUAGCAACAGUGGUGAAGAAAAGGAAUCUCUUUGCGUUCUUUGACAUGGCCUACCAAGGCUUUGCCAGUGGUGAUGGUGAUAAGGAUGCCUGGGCUGUGCGCCACUUCAUCGAACAGGGCAUUAAUGUUUGUCUCUGCCAAUCAUAUGCCAAGAACAUGGGCUUAUAUGGUGAGCGUGUAGGAGCCUUCACUAUGGUCUGCAAAGAUGCGGAUGAAGCCAAAAGGGUAGAGUCACAGUUGAAGAUCUUGAUCCGUCCCAUGUAUUCCAACCCUCCCCUCAAUGGGGCCCGGAUUGCUGCUGCCAUUCUGAACACCCCAGAUUUGCGAAAACAAUGGCUGCAAGAAGUGAAAGGCAUGGCCGACCGUAUCAUUGGCAUGCGGACUCAACUGGUCUCCAACCUCAAGAAGGAGGGUUCCACCCACAACUGGCAACACAUCACCGACCAAAUUGGCAUGUUCUGUUUCACAGGGCUAAAGCCUGAACAGGUGGAGCGGCUGAUCAAGGAGUUCUCCAUCUACAUGACAAAAGAUGGCCGCAUCUCUGUGGCAGGGGUCACCUCCAGCAACGUGGGCUACCUUGCCCAUGCCAUUCACCAGGUCACCAAGUAAUGUCCCUGGUGCGAGGAAACAGAGACAACCUUUCUGUCUUCAGCCUCUGCUAUUGAGAGCUUCACACAGACAAUGAGAGAGGGUGGAUGGUGGUGAGUGGAUCAUUUCUUUCAGCCACAGUGUGUAACACUCAGCAUUUGAAUGUUUCUCAGAAAAGAACAUGUAGUGACACAGGGCAGAGGCAUCCAUGGCUGGCGUCUGGAACAUUAAACCAAACUCUCCCCUGUCCUUUUUUCUCCAACUUUUCUCAAAGAGUUUACAUGUGCAAGAAAGUCAUCGCACCAAAAAACCUGUCAAUUAUGCCAUUGCAAUAUUUCAGAAGCUUUAACUGAAGUGUCAGGUUCCUCGUGAGAAACAGCACACGUUAGAGGCUUUGAGAGAAGGCCUACUUCUGUCAUGAUUAGUCGGCCUCGUGUCUGUCCUCCCAUCUUGGAACAACCUUAUCAACAGGCCGCACUGCAGAAAUGAUGUUUUAUGAAAACCAAUGAGGCUGCUGCCACUCCAGCAAGGGAAAUAAUGCAGUUUCCUGUCUUAUUUAAGAAAAAGAGAAGGCUCUCUUUUCUCCCUUGUCAUUGCCGUUCUUUUCCUUACACACAAAGAUUUUUUAACUAUUGCAGAUUUUCAUCCCAUUCUACUGCUUGAUUGACCAUCAACUCCAUCCUAUCGAGAUUUAUUUAAGAAUGAAGAACAUAAUUUUCUGCUGAUGCUGUACCCUCACCCUUUUCAGCAAAGAAUAGUGGAGAGUAGGAAACUGUACUUUAUCUCGGCAUCCUCUUGAAUGAUAGUGCAAGUUUCUCCAGUUGGGAUGUUGUCUCUGCCCGGUUGGACCUCCUCCCUUUGUUGAAUGUGGUGUGCAGCCACUCAUCUCACACUGUGAGUCCAGCGGCGCAGGGUGGUACCAGGAAAGAGGAUAUUCUAGGCUUUGUGUGCUGCUAGCUGGGUUCAGGCUUCACCCACUGGAAAGAACCACCAUCUGCUCUAACCAUGUAGAUUUAUUGCGGCCUGGUUUCUCUGUUACAAUAAAAUUACUGUAGACCCAA